AUGGAUGAUGGGGGCAAUUGGAAGGAAGGAGAGCACUGUGAUCUCUGGAUUAUUAACCACUUCUCUUCCUUGUUUACCUCUACAUGUUCUCGAGACCAAGAAAACAUGAUUGAUAAAAUGGAGAGGAAGGUCUUUACUGAAAUGAAUGAGGACCUUACUAAAGAAUACACAGCAGAUGAAGUACUCCAAGCAAUGAAAGAGAUGCACCCUUCUAAAGCUCCUGGACCUGAUGGCAUGCCACCUUUGUUCUAUCAAAAGUUCUGGCCUGAGAUUGGAAGUUUUGUCACUUCUGCUGUGUUAAAAGCUUUGAAUUCAUAUGAUUUCCCACAUUCAGUAAACCACACAUACAUCACUCUGCUUCAUAAGAAGAAAUGCUCUCAAAUUGUUAGUGAUUUUAGACCCAUUAGCUUAUGUAAUGUCAUAUAUAAGCUAACGUCUAAGGUCAUUGCUAAUAGAAUCAAGCAAAUAUUACAUGUUGUCAUCUCAGAUUCCCAAUCUGCUUUUUUAACUGGAAUACUUAUUACUGACAAUGUGCUUGUGGCCUACAAAGUUCUGUGUGUUGAAAGUAGUAAUCAGAGGGAGGAGCAAACUCGUCAAUUGGAGGAGCAGGUCUCUUCUUUAAUUGACCUUAGUACCAACCGGUGGGAUUUGUCAAAAGUCAGAGCUCUAUUCAAUCCAAGAAUUGCAGAUGCUAUUCUAAGACUACAUCCAAGUGCUUCAGGUGACAUGGAUAAGUGGAUGUGGGAACAUGAAAAGUCAGGUUCAAUUGAUGAAUUAGCAUAUUUCUUUUUAAUGGCUUUGGGCUUUUGGUUUAGAAGGAAUAAGAUGGUCCAUGACCAUAUUUCUUUACCAACACAAGAAGUCAUUGGAUUUGCCUUCUCAAAGAAGUUGAGGACAGAUAAUGCAGUGCAUCAGAGGGGACUUCAUACUUCAAAGAAUCUACAAUAUAGAUGGUCUCCACCUUCUCAAGAUUCUCUCAAACUCAAUAUAGAUGGGGCCCUGUUUUUUGAGUUGAAUAAAACUAGUUUGGGUGCUAUAUUAAGGAAUCAUGUAGGGGAUGUUCUGAUGGCAGUAAGUAGAGCAAAAUCUGUGCAACUGGAACUAGAGCAAGUAGAAGCAGCAGCUUUGUUGAGAGGAUUACAGUUAUGCUUAAAUAUUGGUAUUUCUAAACUGGUUAUUGAGAGUGAUUGCUUGUUCUUGGUGGAGGAGGUUAACAAGGUGGCUGAAUCAAAUGCUUCAAUCGGGUCAAUGCACGAACUCACUGCUCUCUGCUACUGCUCCCUUCCAAAUGAGAGGAAGCAUCGGAAGAACGCUCUCUCGGCCCAACCCCAUUGGUUUUUCCAAUGCCACCAGACAGUCUCUAAUCCCUUCUCCACUUCCUCCUCCUCUCCUACCGGUGGCGGGGGUGGUCGUGGCCGGGGACGCGGCUCUGGUUCCCCUCAGUUUGACUUCGCCUCCCCUGGUAAGCCCGAACCUGACGAUCCCGAGUCCAAGAUCGACCCGUCCCCUCCCGGGAUUGGACUCGGGCACGGACACGGCCGUGGCAGACCCGUCCCUUCCUCCCCUACGCUCCCCAACUUCUCUUCAUUCAUUUCCUCCAUCAAACCCCCACCGGCUGGCCGCGGCCAUUCAGUUCCCCCACCGCCAGAUUCAGCGCCCAAGCAACCUAUUUUCUUCAAGAAAGAAGACGGGCCCGCAAACUUGUUGGACGCGGCUAAAAGUUUCACUGACCGGAAUCUCCCUCCGAGCAUACUCCCUGUAUCGACUGGCCGCGGUCGCGGAAAACCCCUGGAGCAACCAAGCCCGGAAGCUCAAUUUGUUGAACAGAACCGGCAUACCCGAGCCAGGAAAAGCCCUGCCCAAGCCCAAACCCAAGAUGAACGAGGAAGAGCGCAGAGGAUGACCCGAGAAGAAGCUGUGAAAAACGCGGUGAAGAUUCUAUCACGUGGUGGUGGAGACGGCGACGGUGACAUCGGAGAGAGCAUUGGUGGUGUUAGAGGCGGAGGCAGAGGAGGAUACAGAGGGAGAGGUGCGCCUUGGCGGGGCCGAGGAAGAGGACUUUACAGAGGGAGGGGGAGGGGCAGGGUUGGGGACUCGAAGGAGGAUGCGUAUGGAGCGGGGCUCUAUCUAGGUGACAAUGCCGGGGAGAAGCUGGCCAAGAGGCUUGGCGUUGAGAACAUGAAUCAGUUGGUUGAAGGAUUUGAGGAGAUGAGUGGAGCAGUACUGCCUUCGCCUUUGGAGGACGCCCUUGUGGACGCCAUGGAUGUUAAUUAUGCGAUUGAGUGCGAGCCAGAGUAUUUGAUGGGUGAGUUUGAUCAAAACCCAGAUAUUGAUGACAAACCACCAAUUCCACUCCGUGAUGCACUUGAGAAGAUGAAGCCGUUCUUGAUGGCAUAUGAGGGCAUUCAGAGUCAAGAAGAGUGGGAGGAAAUCAUGAAAGAGACAAUGGAGAGAGUUCCAUUGUUGAAAGAGAUUGUCGAUUACUAUAGUGGACCGGAUAGGGUAACUGCAAAGCAGCAAGAAGAAGAGUUAGAAAGGGUUGCAAAAACUGUUCCUAUCAGUGCACCCGAUUCUGUAAAGCGGUUUGCUGACCGUGCAGUUAUUUCUCUUCAGAGCAAUCCUGGCUGGGGAUUUGACAAGAAAUGCCAGUUCAUGGAUAAGCUUGUGGGGGAGGUUUCUCAUCAUUACAAAUAAUCUAUGAAAACUCAUCUUGCCUUGAUAUUGAGCUUCUAGUUGAUUGGCGCAUAAGGUACGACAUUCUCAGGAAUGGUAGGCGUGGUUGAUGAUACCUGUUAUGUAGACUAGAGAAACUAUUUUGAUUAUGCUAUAGCUAUAAUUUUUUUAAUUCCAGGAUUUUGCGCCUUAGCUCUUAGCUCUUUUACUGUUUAACAGUUGUCUUUCAAGUUCCUUUUGCAAGGAUUACGCCAUUCAUGAAAUAAUUUUGCUUGGCAUUAGGCAUAAUGGCAUCUGAAUGAUGUCCUUACCGUUAUCAAAUUCAUACUCAAGAAAUUGCUAGAACUUGUUGCACUGCUUCAAUUGUUCCUGUUAAAUUUUAUCAAACCAACUCCAGAAAUGUGGAAAGCCACUUGCAUGUUCUUUUC